GUCAGGGGGGAGUUGCAGCUGGAGUGAAGCCUCCUCAGCUGGGCGGUCUGGGGCCCGUCUCGCCGCCGGCCCGUCGCCUCCCGGAGCCGCAGAGCGGAGCCAGCCCCGGGCAGACAUGGAUUUCCGGGAGAUCCUGAUGGUGGCGUCUGAGCAGCAGGGGCUGAGCGCGGUGUCGAAAAGAUACAGUUUGGCAGUAGGCCCUCCCAAAAAAGAUCCAAAAGUCAAGGGUGUCCAUUCUGCAGCAGUGCAAGCUUUUCUGAGACGGAAAGAAGAAGAAAGUAGGGGAAAAGAACUAGAGGCAAAAAGGAAGAAGGAGGAACUUCUAGCUAAGCGUAUUGAACUGAAACAUGACCGAAAAGCAAGAGCUAUGGCUUCACGGACAAAGGACAACUUUUAUGGCUAUAAUGGCAUUCCUAUUGAAGAGAAGCCUAAAAAGAGGCAGACUUGUGAAAAUGUCGAUCGAUGCACAGAUGCAGAAUAUAUGACAGAAGAUGAGGCAGAGCAAUUUGAAUACAGUCAGACUGAAUCUGAGCAUGAACCGGAGGAAUAUGAAGAGAAACCAUCCAAAGCUGCAGUGAAACCAAAGGCACCUCCCAAAAGUGCCCCUACCCCUAUGAACUUUGUAGAUCUUCUGAGGCUGGCUGAAAAAAAACAGUAUGAACCAGUAGAAAUAAAAGUAGUGAAAAAGACAGAAGAAAGGCCAAGAACAGCAGAAGAAUUGAGAGAGAGAGAAUUUUUGGACCGGAAAAUCAAAAAAGGGGAAAUCCAGAAAGAGAAAAAAAAACCUGAAAAAGAGAUUAAGAAUGUAACUGCAUCAAGUUCUUCAAAUAAAGUGUUUUCUCAUAAAGACUUUAUAAAUGCAAAACUUAGCAAAAACUCAGUGGAUAAACAUUUCUCUUCAAAAGGUAGUUUCCCCUCUCAGUGUGGUGCUGAUAAGAAAUCCAGUGGGCCUGUGUUUAGCGACAAACAUGCAAGGUCAUCAUCUUCCUCCAAAUCCAGUCAAGUGGAAAAAGCAAAAGUUACACAAAAUGGAUCUUUAAAAAGCUCAUCGAGUGGCAUCCAUAGUAAAUCUUCAGUCAAUGGAGUAGGAAAAUUUGGGUCAAGCGCUCAUACACCAAACUCAAAAGCACCUGCUAAUGGGGCUCAGAAACUACAAUCUGUUAAAGAACUUAGUCUGAAAAAAUCUACUUCUGUCCAUACAAAACUGGGUAGUGCAACACCCCCUCAGCAUGAAAUAGUUAAAAAUUCCAGCUCUGGGCGGCCGGGGGGCAGUGCGGGGUCGGGCGGGCCCGGGCGGCCGGGGGGCAGUGCGGGGUCGGGCGGGCCCGGGCGGCCGGGGGGCAGUGCGGGGUCGGGCGGGCCCGGGCGGCCGGGCGGCAGUGCGGGGUCGGGCGGGCCCGGGCGACCGCCCAGCAGUGCGGAGACGGGUGGGCCCGGGCGGCCGGGGAGCAGUGUGGGGACAGGUAGGCUGGGGAGCAGUGCGGGAAUGGGCGGGCCCGGGAGGCUGCCCAGCAGUGCAGGAACAGGCGGGCCUGGUAGGCCGGGGAGCAGUGCUGGAAUGGGUGGGCCCGGGAGGCUGCCCAGCAGUGCAGGAACAGGUGGGCCGGGGCGGCCAGGGAGCAGUGCGGGGAUGGGCAGGCCGGGGAGCAGUUCGGGGAUGGGCGGGCCCGGGCGGCUGUCCAGCAGUGCGGGGACGGGCGGGCCCGGGUGGCCGGGGAGCAGUGCGGGAAUGGGCAGGCCGGGAAGCAGUGUGGGGAUGGGUGGGCCCGGGCGGCCAGGGAGCAGUGUGGGGAUGGGUGGGCCUGGGCGGCCAGGGAGCAGUGCGAGGACAGGACCUGGAAAGUCAGUCAAUUCAAGCGUGGAACCUGGGCGACCAGGCAGCGGCUCAGCUGCACCUCCAAAACCUAAGUGCACUGUUGUAUCAGAAACAAUCUCAUCUAAAAAUUUAGUCUCCAGACCAAGUAAUGUACCAAUGAAUGGAACGAGACCUCCUCCAGGGCAUAGACCAGUGUUUCAUCCACAAGGUCUUCCAAGGCCUUCUCUUCCACCUAUAAGUUAUAAAAGGCAAAUAGAAGAUGAUGAGGAAUAUGACUCUGAAAUGGACGAUUUCAUUGAUGAUGAAGGGCAACCCCAGGAAGAAAUAUCAAAACAUAUUCGAGAAAUAUUUGGCUAUGAUCGGAAUAAAUAUAAAGAUGAAAGUGAUUAUGCCUUACGUUACAUGGAGAGCAGCUGGAAAGAGCAACAAAAAGAGGAAGCCAGGAGUUUGAGACUUGGUGUCCAAGAAGACCUAGAAGAGCUGAGACGUGAAGAGGAGGAAUUGAAACGUAAGAGGCAGGCAAAGAAGCUGAGGACACGUUAACUGAUUUACAGUGGUUUUAUUCUGUUUUUCUACUAUCCUGGUCACCCCUUUGCCUCAAUAUUUCAGCUCCUCUUAUAGUAUAACUUUAGUUUUUAUUUGCUUAUUGGUGAGCAAGAAAAUAUGUAAAGGGAGGAGAGGGCAUAGAAAAACAUGGCUUUAGUUUGACCCUAAAAUAUUUAUUUUUAAUACUUGCCAGGGUUAAUUUUUUACAAAAAGAAACUAAUGCAGAUUUUUGGAAUAAAAGCUAUUAAUGAAUGUUUCCAUUGACUAAAUUAGUUCAAAAUGCCAGCAGAAAUAUUGCCUAACUAUGCACUGGCUUGCAAGAUUUAUGUGGGCCCAUACACCAGUAAAUCAGACUUGCAUUCUUCAUUUGACAUGUGGGGGGGAAAAAGAUGAAUGCCAUUUAUGUUCCUUAGUUAUUUUUGAGAGAUAAAAGUACUGCUUUGUGUCUUAAAUCUCCUGAAUUAGGAUCCCUCAAAAUAUUGAAAUAUCAUCUUCUGUUCAAAACAGCUUGGUUGUAAAUUUCAGCCAUUGCCAGUAAUGUUUAAAGCAAUAAAAUGAUAUGUUUUUCUGAUUUGAGAACCUUGUGUCCUAACAAAAAUAGUAAUUAAACAAACAGAAGAACCUUUGAUUUCUAAAAAAUGCUUGUCAAUCAUUAUACCUUGCAUUUAGCAGUGUGACCAAGUUUACAUUGGCGUUUUUUAUGUCUGGAAUGUCAAUGCCAACCGAUUUCAGUAAAACACAAAUAAACAUUUUUCCUGGAAAAUAGGAAUUUGCAACGUUUGUAUAUAACUAGUGCUUUUUAGCUCAAGCAAAUGCUUAGGAAUUUUUUUCUGCCCUGUAAAUCUUAAAAUUGAUCUUAGUUUCAUCUGUUUUUACACAUUGAGUGUACAGUACACUUUUUUGUUUUCUCUUGUAUUAAAAAUCAGGUUUUUUUUAAAUAUGAAGCAGUUAUUUAUGCAAGCAGUUCCAAAGUCUGGAAGAGUACAUUAGAAUGAAGUUGUGUGAAAUACAGAAUUUUCAGAUAUUUUUUUAUGAUCAAGCCAAGAUGCAUUUGCAAUUCCUCUGUGAUAUCAAAUAACUUUGCAGUUGUCAUGCUGAAUUUAACUAGUGAAUACUUC